GUGUGUGCACACGUGUGAGUGUGCACAUGUGUGUGUGCACACGUGUGAGUGUGCACGUGUGUGAGUGUGCACAUGUGUGUGCACACAAGUGUACAUGGAGCAGUGUCACUCCUCCCACAGCCGCACUGUCAUGUGUGUGGAGGGAGCGAGGGUUUGGCACGGAAACAGUGGGAACACUGGAGCGCUGGGCAGCUGAGUGGCACCCGAACCCCUCACUGCUGGUCCGUGGGCUGCAGUGGCACCUGCAGGUACCCAGCGGGCAGCAGUGGCACCUGCCACCCCGGGGCACUCGCCUCCAUCCUCCCCAUGGCCUGGCACUCUCCAUGUGCGGGUUUGGGUUUGCUUCCAUCUUCCUCAGGGCUUGGGGCUCAGGCAGGUAGGUGGGGAGCUGGGCUGGAUUUGGGGAGCUGGAAGCAAAACCCACAUGGGCUGUAUGGAGGCAGGGAGGGGGGCGAGGGUCUGGCCCCUCCUCACCCCAUCACCAUGAGGGUGUUGAGUCAGACUGGCCGGUUGUGAGGAGCCGUGGGCUCUCCCGAGCCUCCCGGGGACUGUGCCAGUGCCAUCCCCAAAGCGUUGGCAGCCGAAGAUUAAUAAAUAUAGUGGGUGCUAGCGGCGAGAUGUCGGGUUAGAGGGGCAGCAUCCAUCAGCUGAGCCCUCGCUGCCAAGGGAUCUCCCAAUGGCACAGGGAUGUGGUGUCCUGGCUGCCCCCAUCACCCCUUGGUGCUGCCCCCCCACUCUGGCCAGUACUCAUCCCUCCCCCCUGACUGCCUGGGAACGCAGACCCUGGGAACCUGCCCUAUUUAAAUAACAUAACGUACAUUAAAAACGCCAAAUCCUGGCAAGCUGACAGCAUCUGUCUAAAUAUUUAUCCCUGUUCCGGUCAGGCGCUGUGUUCCCAUGACAGCCCCAUUAGCACUUGGCAUAUUUAUGGCCUUCCUGGGUGCUGGGCUCCCCGUGCCAUGCACCACAGGGCCACUGACCCCCCCUCCCGUGUCCCCUCUGUGCUUUCCUGUGCACUUGGGGUGACCCCCAGGCUGGCAGCUAUCCCCAGCCUGGCACAUCCCUGCUGGGCUGUGCUGGAGCUGCCAGGAGCAUCCUGGGCAGGGCAGGAAGUGGGUACCACACUUAUCCCCUGGAGCACAGGAGGUGCAGUGCCAUGAGGUACCUUGUCCAUGCAGGGACGGGAGUGCAGGGAACAGCCUGCUCCCCAAAAGCAGGCUCCUGCCCCCGAGGGGCUGGGGGUGGAUGCACUGCCCCGUCCCUGCCUCAACAAAUACAGCAGGACUGGAAAAUAAAAGAGGGGGGGAAAGGGCGGAAAUGAUGCUUGUGUGCGGCUCCCGGGAGAAUCUGUGCUGCCUCCUGCCUGUUGUGCUGCAGGGCCCUGGGAGAUGUGCUGCCCACAGGAGGGCAGCUCUGGGCUCCUGGGGUAGGAGCUGGCAUCACCGAGGGUCCCUCCUCACCUGGGAACAGGGCUGCGGGUGAGGAGGAGCCUGAGGGGACUGUGGGAGCAGAGGACACGGGGUGCUGUGGUGUUUUUCCAGGGUUUGUGUUGGGGCUGCAGAGGCUGGUGGCUCCUGGGGCUGGCGGGAGUGGUGCCCCAGUGACAGCAGUGUCCCCAGUGCUGCACUCACCAGGGUCUGGCCUGGCUGAGCAUCUCCUGCUGCAGCCACAGUGCCCCUGUGUGGGACACUGUAGGCAGUCUGGGAAUUGGGGCUGGUCAUGUGCCAUUGGAUAUGGAAUUCUGUGCUGUCCCUCAAGCUGUGGCUGUGGGAGAUAAGGAUGGGGCAGCUGCCACCUCCUGCUCCAUGGAGGCUGCUUUGAUUUGGGCUCACUUUCAUCUGAGUUGAACUCCUUGUCUCAGGAGUUCUCAAAAUUAGUUUACAAAGAAAAUAUGUCAAAUGAAAUUUAUUCAUCUUAAUUGUGACACCUCUGUGACAUGAGCUCAUCCCUGCAGCCUGCACGGCCUGUCCUGUGUCCUGUCAGGGAUCGAGCACUGCUUUAACUGGACACAGCAAGGUUUCCCACAUGGCCCCUGUGGGUGCCAAGGGGGUCCAGGCUGCCACCCUCACCCUGCCAGUGCCCAUGGCUGUGCCGGUGCUGUCCUUGGAGCAGCCCAGUGCUGGCGUGUGCCCGAGUGGUCCCCAAUCACCUCUCCUCCAUCAGCAGGGCUGUGCCGUGCCCACCCCCUGAUGCCACCCCACCCUGCCGCCCUGUGACACAGCCCCUGUCUCAGGGGUGACCCUGCAGCCUGAGGGGAUCCCCGUGGAGGACCUGCCCUGCAGCACCGCCCUGUUUGCUCUGGCACUGGCCACGCCCUUGCAGGCAGAGGGAGAGGCUGAUCCAGCCGCUGGCCCCACGCUGGGGCACACAAGAGAUGGCCUUCCAGCGGAGCCACCGCCUGAACCUGCUGCGCCUUGUCGUGCUGCUCCUCAUCGCCUUGGCCGGCAUCAAGUUCCUCUUCCGUGACAGCUUUACCCUGGAGCUGCACAAGCACGUCAGCAAGGACAGUGGGUUCUGGGGGGACACAGGUGACAUCGUCCAGGAUGUCAUCCCCCAGAGCCAGGUUCUGGAGCUCCCUGAGGCGAAGAUAACGGCCCUGAGGCAAGAGCCUGGGCAGCAGGUCCCCAGGGAUGUCAGUGCCACCGAGAUGAGGCUGGUCCACUUGGACCUCAAGGGAGCUGCGCCCAGGGUCUCCUACCUGGAGCAGGUGUUCCCCUUCCUGUCCCAGCUGGGAGCCAACGGCAUCCUCAUCGAGUACGAGGACAUGUUCCCCUUCAAGGGGGAGCUGGAAGUCCUCAGGUCCCCGUACGCUUACAGCGAGGAGGACAUUGAGCGGAUCCAGCAGCUGGCGGAGCAACACAAGCUGGAGGUGGUCCCCCUGGUGCAGACCUUUGGCCAUGUGGAGUUCAUCCUCAAGCACGAGAAGUACCAGCACCUGCGGGAGGUCGAGCGCUUCCCCAACAGCUUCAACCCCCACGUCCCCAACACCCUGGCCCUGCUCAGGAGCAUCUUGACACAGGUGAUCGAGAAGCACAGGCGCUCCACCUGGAUCCACAUCGGCGCGGAUGAGGUUUUCCAUCUCGGGGAGGGGAUGGACUCCAAGAACUGGAUGAGCCGCAACAAGGGCGAUGUGGGGACCAUGUUCCUGAAGCACAUCAAGGAGGUGUUGGGCUUCCUCUCUGCGCAGUACUGGGGGCUGCGGGUGCUCAUGUGGGACGACAUGCUGAGGAAGAUCAGCGUGGGAGCCCUGCGGGAGUCUGGGAUAGCGAAGCACGUCUCACCCGUGGUGUGGUUCUACGCACCCGACUUCGAGGCUGAGCAGAUUGAGCCGUUCCUCACCAAGUAUGCAGAGAGUGGCUUCAAGGCAGUUUGGUUCGCCAGCGCCUUCAAGGGCACCACGGGGCCGGCGCAGACCUGGACCCCCCUGAGCUACCACCUGAAAAACCACCUGAGCUGGCUGAAGGUGAUGCAGGCCCUGCCACGGCUGGCCCCGCUGCGCUUCCAGGGCAUCGUGCUCACUGGCUGGCAGAGGUACGAUCACUACUCGGUGCUCUGUGAGCUGCUGCCCGUCGGCAUCCCCUCGCUGGCCAUCUGCCUGCAGACCCUGGUGAACGGGGGCUUCACGGAAGAGGCAAAGAGGAAGGUCCUGGAUGUGCUGGGCUUGGAGAGUGUGCAGCUGGAGCAGAGCACCUGCGAGGGCAGGGGAGCGUUCCCUGGUGUGGAGGUCUACCACAUGGUGGAGCAGGUUAAUGGCCACCUGAGGGAGAGCAUCCUGAAGGCUCUGCAGGAGGAGAGUGCCAUCAAGGGCUGGUUCAGCCCCUACCAUCGGAAGCACCACUUUGGGAACCCCCGCAACAUGGAGAGCUUCGGCAGCAAGGUGCUGAAGCUCCAUGAGGACUGGGAGAGCUUCGUCCGUGACCUGCGUGCCCAGCUGGAGAGGGUCUACUUCCCAGACACGGUGGAGGAGUGGAUGGAGGAGAAUGUCAACCCCUACCUGGACCAGCUGCGGGACCUGGUGCGGGACUACCGGGCCAUCAUCCGCCUCAACGGCCGGCCCAAGGCCACGUAGGGGCUGCAGCCCCCCCAGCUCUCACUGCCCCCCUGGCUGGUCUUCGGGGGCCAGCACCGUGUGUCUGUUUGCUGGUGACGGCGCUGCCGCCGCCGCUCGCGCUGUACAGAGCCCUGCACACCCAGCUCCACAAUAAAGUAUUUUCAUAGA